GUGCGAAGCUCUUUCUGUGGAACAACCACAUUUCCUUUGAAACUAACGAACGAAACGGUUCAGGAAGGAUACUGUCAUAAUGGCCCGAUUGGUAAUCGUCUUAUGCGCCGUUGUCGCCGCAGCGUCCGCUGCUCCUUUGCUGUCGGUGGAGACACCGAUUCCAAUUCUAAGACAAAGCGCCGAGGGCCCGAAUCCGGAUGGAAGCUACAGCUACAACUAUGAGACAGCGAACGGCAUUCAAGCUCAGGAGGUCGGCUACCUCCGAUACCCCGGCACUACUGCUGAGGCUCAGGAAGCACAGGGCGCCUACAGCUACACAGCGCCGAACGGCGAGCUCGUCCAAGUGAGCUACGUGGCUAACGAAAACGGAUUCCAACCCCAGGGUAGUCACAUCCCCCCCAUACCACCGCAGAUUCUCAGGGCUCUCGAGUACAUCGCCGCUCACCCCGAGGAGAACAACAUCGAUGCUCAGUGAAGAAUAGACGGAACAUACAGCUCCCUGCAAAAGUAUCCAUUCAUACUUAGGUGUAUCAACACAAUGUUGACCGGUUACGAGUUAACUCGUGUUUGCAUUUGCAUCAGCUAUUUCAAUUUUUGAAACGCAGGAAAUAUAGAAUAUUAAAAGCAAACUGUUCAAAGUUGUAUAGAAAAUAUGACCAAAGUUUCAUUUCAAUUUAUUAUGUAGAAAUAAAGUAUGUUGAUGUUUAUUUAGGUUGUUUCAUUUUCAUGCUUUAAUUACGGAUUAAUGACGGAAUCACUACCGAUGACAUGGGAUAGCUUCAGCGUGGAAU